ACUUUCCUUUAAAUCCGUCUGGGUCGUCUAACUUCACUUAUUUCAUUAGUUGCUGUAAAAGAAUAUUUAUGAGAAUAGAAAGUAACACUUCCAGCACCAACCUCUUCGUAUUCAUCGCUCUCUAUCAAUUUCUCUCCUUUCUGAAAACCUCUUGAGCAAAAGGCAAUUUGGAAACGUUGUCAAGGCAAGCCCCUGAUAUCUCCCCAAGGGAAAACGACGACAUUAAUGGGCUUUCACGAUGGUUGUACCUCUGAAGACAUGACAAAAAAAUAUGAAAACCACAUGGGAAUUAAGAAAUUCUACAUACAAAACCAAGCAUAGGCAUCCUAGAUCUCUAUUUUUUUACUUUUUCUAAUUAGUAUCUUUUUCUAAGAGAAUCAUUCUUAGCUAUUUUUUGUAAACUGAGUAGUUUUUGCUUUUAUUUUUACUUAUUCUUCAUCUGAACCAUAGAGACCGAUGGCAUUCUGUUUGUCUAUGUCUAUGGCAUUCAGCAGACCAUUAUGCUGGGUUGAGCACAUAUCACUGGAUAAUGAAACUGGACUGGACCCGUCUGGUAUAAGGCUCAGAUCUGUAUCUGGACUUGUCGCAGCUGAUUACUUUGCACCUGGUUAUUUUGUCUGGGCUGUCUUAAUUGCCAAUUUGGCUCUCAUUGGAUAUGAGGAGAAAACAAUGUAUAUCGCUGCAUAUGACUGGAGAUUAUCAUUUCAAAACACUGAGCCAACUUCAAAGCAGGGGAUUUUUGAGGAUGCAACUCAAGGCAGUGAACCUGGAAAGACAAUCGCACUCUAUGUUCUGGAUGCAUUGGUUUGUAUUGAUCAUGAAAGAUAUUUCUUAAGCCAACUUCAAAGCAGGGGAUUUUUGAGGUCAUGCUUUAUGAGCAUCAGCAAUGUUUCCUAUGAGGUGUUUAUUCUAUUCACUGUAGUGUAACCAUUAGUUCAUAAAUUCAUGUUUUACAAUAUCAUGCACUGCAGUAGAGACAUUAUCCUAGAAUGCAAGAUGCAAGUUCUGCUAAUUAUUUUGUUCAAAACAUUAAAUUCACCAAAGCUUAAGAUCCUAUGUGCUAAGCAUUUAUGUUUAUAUUUUCUUUUCUUUGAAUUUUACUGUACUUUCACAGAAUUGAGGGGUAGCAAGAUACAUUUUGUGAAGUUUUACUGUGUUUUGUUCUCAAGUUAUAAAUCCUUUAACAUCUGAUCUUAAUCAUUUGUUUGUAAUAUACAUUUUCAGCAGCUAAAAAUUUAAGAGAUUUAGGUACCUGAUGAACCCUCGUACUCAGAAAAGUGGAAUAACCUUCAAUGUAUUUAUUUAGCGGUUAUAGACCCAUGGAGGUAGUAAUACAUGCUAUACACACGAUGUUCAGUAUAAAUGCCAUAUAUGACUUUUCUACCUGACGUUAUAGUGCAGAUCUGCUGUUGUCUUUCAUUAAAUAUGGACUGUCUGAAUUACAUAUUGGUUUGCUUUUAAGUUCGGUUUUUGGUCUUCGUCAUCAAAAAUUCAGUUCUUGGUAAUAACCACUUUAUUUAGGUAUCAAUAUCACCCAUUGCUCUGAACUUCACCUUCGUCUCUGUCGAGCAUUGGGGUCAGUGUUGCUCAUUAUCUAUCUAAUUCAUCUUUGACUAGUACUUUUAGGAAUGUCAGCUUGUUUGAUUUGGUUAACUUUUGAGUGUUGGUCCUUUAAGAAGUUCAAUUUGUUGGAUGUUUCAUCUUAUAACUUAAAAAGGUUUCUCCCUAUCAUUGUUCUCCAGUUCAUCUCAUUUGAGGCAUCUGUUUCCUUUUUAAGGCAUGUUUUGUGAAUUUUUUUUUUAUUUUCUGAAACACUUUUUCGGGCGAGUAAAAUUCGCUGGAAAUAUUUUUUUCAUAGCAUAAAUUUAUUCCCGGUGACAUUAAAUCACCGGAAAUAAUAUUUUGUGGCGAAACCUACCCACUGGAAAUACUUAAUGACGACGAUAAUUUAAAAUCAUUGGGAAAAAUAAUGAUUAUUUGCGGCAAUUUAUUAACUUUUUGUGACGGUUAAUAUUGCCGCAAAUAACUUUUUUCAGCGAUUUUAAUGGUUAACGAAAAGACCAUUUUUGUAGAUUUUUUUUAACAUUUGCGACAGACUAAAAUCGUCGGAAAUAGUAGGUUUUUCUGACGAUUUUUUAAAAUCGCUGAAAUUGAUAAAAAAUGGCUUUAGGAUUUCGGCAAACCUGCAGCAAUUUAUAAAUCGCCAAAAAUGAUCAAAUGCAGCAAUUAUUAUAUGUAUUUGCGACGAUUUUGAACGCUGGAAAAUGCCUGAUUUCUUGUAGACUACUUCAACAUAGAACAUCCUAAGCCAGCACUCUUGUAUUGUGAUAGUCAAUUAGCAAUUUAUUUGACCAAAAAUCCAGUAUUCCACUAGAAGACUAAGCAUAUUGAAUUGGAUUGCCACUUUGUUAGGGAAAAUGUAUUAGCUAAGGUCCUCACACCUGUGCACAUAGCCUCUAAAUUUCAACUAGCAGACAUCUUCACCAAGGCUCUCCCUAUUGCCACCUUCCAUUGUCUAUUAUCCAAGACGGGCACCUUAAACAUCUAUAUCCAUCUUGAGGAGGAGUCACAAACUUCACUGAAGCAACCAGAACUUGCAAAGAUUGUCCAAGAGUCGAGUACUGGUGCAUUAGGUAGUGCACCUUGUGGAAGUGCAGCUGCUGUGAUCAGGACAAAAAGAACAAAAGGCAAUGGUGGGCGCAUGACAUAACAGCCUCCUUGAUGGAAUAAGCUAGGAAUGUAGUGGACAAAAGUCUGCAUUUUUGUAUAGUGAGCAGAGUUGGUAUCUUUUGUUGUUUUUUCAUUUUUGGCAUUUAUGCUUUAUGUACAUGUCCUAUAUAAGAAGCUGUGUUCUGCUUAUGAGGAAUAAGAGAGAAAUAAUUCUUUUCCUUU